UACAUGAUGCCUACACUCUCAUUCUAUCUACCACUUUCACGACCUCAGUUAUUAUUCCUUUCCUCUCACGCUCUCAGCUCACCCCUCAGGAUUCUCUGACUUAAACCUAAGAUGGACCUGAAUGACAUUAGAGAUGCAUUUGACCAUGUGGCAAAGAAGCAGAAGUUAUCUUAUUCCAAGUCUCAAGACAUUGUUGACCAGAUUGGCCAUGAAAUUGAGCAGGCACUGAUAUCAAUUCAGUUAGCUCAGGAGAGCCAGAAAUCCAUUCUUACAGAACUUAUGCUUAAGCUUAAUGCUAUCGGGGCACUUCAACAAUUAGAAGGAUCACAGAAGGAAUUGAACAUAAGUGUUACCAAGUACCAAAAGCUCCUGGACAAGCUAUUAUACCCAGAUAUAUCCAAGGUAUACAGAACUGCUGACUAUGAUGCUCACGUUGUAAACCAAAUCUUGGCCAACCACUUCUACCAUCAAGGUUUAUUUGAUGUUGGAGAUAGCAUUAUGAAAGAGGCUGGUGAGCCUGAAGCAACUGCAUUGAGAUCUCUGUUCUUGGAAAUGCAUCAGAUUCUAGAAGCUAUGAGGGUUAAAAACAUCCAGCCCGCUCUCACAUGGGUCUCUGCCAACCGAGAGAAACUUGUCCAGAAUGGUUUCAAUCUCGAGUUUAGAAUACACAGGCUGCAAUUUAUAGAGCUCCUGCGAAAUGGAAACCGAGCAGAUGCCUUAAAAUAUGCCCGGACUUAUCUUGCUCCUUUCGCUUCCCUCCAGGAGAACGAGUUCCAAAAGCUUAUGGGUUGCCUCUUAUAUUCUGGAAGGGUUGAGAACUCCCCCUACCCUGAGUUGGUCUCCCCAUCCAAUUGGACUGAGAUAACUGAGGAGCUUAAUAGGCAGUUUUGCACUCUCUUUGGACAGUCCUACAAGAGUCCUUUGAGUGUAGCAAUGGCAGCUGGAUUUGAGGGGUUGCCUACACUCUUAAAGCUGGCAAAUGUGAUGGCCGUAAAGAAGCACGAGUGGCAGUCGAUGAAACAGUUGCCGGUGCCACUAGAACUUGGGAAGGAAUUCCAUUUUCAUUCCAUUUUUGUUUGCCCUGUGAGUAGGGAUCAAUGUAGUGAAGAAAAUCCCCCAAUGCUGCUGCCCUGUUAUCAUGUUCUCUGCAAGCAAUCGAUUAUGAGGUUAUCAAAAAGCAGCGCACAAGUAUUCAAGUGUCCGUAUUGUCCAGCAGUAGCUACGGUUGCAAAUUGCAGACAACUCUAUUUCUGAGAUGCGUGGCUGGAUGUGAAUUUCUCUAACAGUAUUUUUACAAUUUACCUGUUUGUAUAUUCUUACUGAAUUCUCGUUUACAUUUGGGUGAAAUAAAAUGAAGGAAUCUAUUUAUAUUCUACUGCUCUGGUCUCAACUUUUCCACAGUUAGGUGUAGUGUCGUUGUGAGACAUGGUCUCUAGUGACCAGGAAUUGAUGGGAGACAGGGCUCCACAUGAUCAAUGUUUACCGGACAAUGUUUUUGAAUUUUCAACCUUGAACCAUUGUACAGAGGCUUUCAUGAUCAAACAUUGGUUAUAAGAAGGCACUUGUCUGCAUACCUUUUGUACAAUUAUGAA